AAAUUCAGCAUACCAUGCAAGAGCAAAUGGUACAGGGAAGCUUAAUAAACAGAGCAGGCAGGCAGGGCAUUUCCGGUUCAGCUGCUUAUAUAAACUGGAGGCGAGGUCCUUUGCUCUGUCUCCUGAUUCUGCUCCUCUGAUCGCAGACAUGGCGGCCACUGCCAUCGAUGUGACUGUCCACUCUGAGCAAUGGAGACCAAUGACCUUCACUGCCCAUCCGGGAGACAGAGUGAAUAAGAUCAAUGAACAUGUCCGGUCUAGGACCAAGGUUCCCGUUCAGGAACAGGUCCUCCAGCUGGGCUCGAAGACCCUGAAGUCCCAGAGAACUCUGUCAUCGUAUGGCAUCGACAAGGAGACGACCAUCCACCUCACCCUGAAGGUGGUGAAGCCCAGUGAUGAGAAGCUGCCCUUGGUUUUGGUGGAGCCUGGUUAUGAGGGGCAGAGGCAUGAGCUCCAGGUGCGAAGAUCCAGCUCAGUGACCCAGGUGAAGAAGAUGAUCAAGAUGAAGACCGCUAUACCCCCUAAGAAGCAGAUUGUGAACUGCAAUGGAAAGAAACUGGAAGAUGGGAAGAUCAUGGGAGAUUAUGGCAUCAAAAAGGGCCAUUUACUCUUCCUGACAUACCACUGCAUUGGCGGGUGACCAUCCUGCAGAUGGAGUGAUAGGAGAA